AUGGCCUCCGACGAGAUGAAGAAGAUAACCCUAAAGAGCGAAGACAACCAGACCUUUGAGGUGGAGGUGGCUGUGGCCAUGCAGUCACUAACCAUCAAGCACAUGGUGGAGGACGACUGUGCCAACGACGCGAUACCUCUGUCAAAUGUGACCAGCAGCGCCCUAGCGAAGGUGAUCGAGUACUGCAAGAAGCACCAUGAAGAGGAUGCCGAUGUCAAGAACAAAGAGAGUCUCAAGAGCUGGGACGCUGAAUUCGUGAAGGUGGACCUAAGCAAGCUUUUUGACUUAAUCUUGGCUGCAAACUAUCUGGACAUCAAGAGCCUACUGGAUUUGACUUGCCAGACUGUGGCGGACAUGAGCAAGGACAAGAAACCUGAAGAGAUCCGUGUGAUCUUCAACAUCGAGAAUGAUUUUACUCCUGAGGAAGAAAAAGAGAUUCGUAAAGAGAACGAGUGGGCAUUCGAGUGA